UGCAAAUCUGAAAGAAGUUGAGAAGAGUAUUGAAAUCGAUGAAUCCUAGUAUAAUAAUGGCCUUUAGUAAAAAGAGUCAAAAGAAGACCUACAUUUCAACAUUCAGGUUUGACCUGAAGUCUUCAGCAGCAUUGCAGACUCCAGUGGAUGUGUCGAGGAGAACAGAGAAUGGAUUCAAACCAUUGAACAGAGAGCAGAGCUGUCAGGAAUCAGGUGCAGUAGCUGAGUUUUUGGAUCCCCAGCAGCAGGUUGUGGUUUGUGUUGGAGGAACCGCUCGACUGCACUGCCGUUUCAGAAGCUCUGGACCUGUGGCUUCCUGCUGGAUUCAUGACAGUGAAAAGGUUGUGUUAGAAGGACCGCGAGUGUGUGUGACGAACACCAGCAGUAGCAGCACCCUUGUUCUCUCUAAAGUUCUUCCUGUAGAUGUGGGAAGUUAUUCUCUUUUUGUUUGUAACCGAGGAGGCAUUGCUCACUGGACCAUAAGCCUCAGAGUUAUAGAUCGUCCAGACCCUCCAGCCUCGUGUCCGUUCGUGUCACAGCUGACCCACACGUCUCUGGUUCUGUCCUGGUCUGGGCCGUGUUUUGACGGAGGUUCUGCCAUCACAGGUUACAUGGUGGAGUUUCAGAGGCUGGACCGAUCCAAACCCGGUGACUGGACUGAACUCAUUAACCAUUGUCUGAACACCUCAUACCGGGUCCACUUUGGUCUUGACCCGCAGGGACAGUAUCUCUUCAGAGUACGAGCCUAUAACACAGCGGGAGUCAGUGAUCCCAGUGAGGAGUCAGACUGCAUUGAGAUGAACACUGCAGGUGAGCCACAACAGGAAGUGACCUCAUGUGUGGAGGUUGUGUCUGACACCACAAACAAAGCCAGGGAUCAUUAUCACGUCCAUGAAAAACUAGGAGUGGGGAAGUUUGGGGAGGUGUACAAGAUGACCCAUAAGCAGACGGGUCGGGUGUGUGCUGGGAAAUUCUACCGGGCCCGUGUCUCCAGAGAGAAAACCGCAGCGCGUCAAGAAAUCAAACUGAUGAAAGAAAUACACCACCCGAAGCUGGUGCAGUGUCUCGCAGCCUACGACACCCCGUCUGAGAUUGUCAUGAUUAUGGAGUAUAUUGCAGGUGGGGAGUUGUUUGAACGGAUCGUAGAUGAAAAUUUCGAGCACACAGAACCCAACAGUGUGAACUACAUGCGUCAGAUCCUGGAAGGAGUCCAGUAUAUUCAUAGUAAACGCAUUGUUCACCUCGACCUGAAACCAGAGAACAUUGUCUGUGUGAACAGCGCUGGGACACUCAUCAAGAUCAUUGACUUCGGAUUGGCCAGCAAACUGGAGCCCGGUAAACAUCUGAUGGUGUUGCAUGGGACUCCAGAGUUUGUGGCCCCAGAGGUAGUCAAUUAUGAGCCUGUAGAUCUCUCCGCUGACAUGUGGAGCAUUGGCGUCAUCUGCUACAUCCUACUGAGUGGCGAGUCUCCAUUCCAGGGAAACAGCGAUGCCGAAACCUUAGCUCUGGUUACUGCAGGGGAAUGUGAUUUUAACCCUGAGGGUUUUGAUGACAUCACUGAUGAAGCCAAAGAUUUCAUCUGCAGUCUCCUGAGGAAGGAUCAGAGAACAAGACUAUCAUGUGAGGAAGCAUUGGCUCAUCCCUGGAUCGCUUUAUUUGAGGACUCGAACUCCAGAUCAAAUAAAUCCCUUAACAAAGACAAGAUAAGAAGGUUCCUGGCCCGACAGAAAUGGAAGAAAACCGGUAAAGCCCUGCUUGCGCUGAAAAGGAUGGUUCGCUGCAGCAAAUCUGAUGCACUGCAUUCUCCCAUUUCUGUAGAUGUGAAUGCUCUGGGGAAAGAAGCCGAACAAACUGUGGCAUCUCUGGAAAAACAGUUGUGGAGUGAACCACGUUUCUAUCGAGCCCUGCAUGACGUCACGGAGAGCUGCGGAGCCACGGUGCACCUGGCCUGUACCAUACAAGGAUAUCCUUACCCUGAUGUGGUCUGGCUGUUUGAUGAUGCACCGCUGGAGAAGACCGGACGCGUUCAGCUGAAUUAUGAUCAGAACGGCACUUGCACACUCACCCUUGCUCAAGUACAACCAGGGGAUUCUGGGAUUUACAAAUGCUGUGCGUCCAACAGCCUUGGGCAGGCACGGUGUUCAGCCAGACUCACCGUGCAGCUCCAGAAGAUCUAAUCAAUGAUGUUGUGUGUGAAGAAAAUGGAUGAUUUCUGAAGUGAAACCCAAUGUUUGGAACAAUGUACAAAAAUGAUGCUGAAAAAAAGUGCUUUUAAACGAUCCACAUGUGUGAUGUCACUAGAAGCUGUUGUAAUUCACAAUUUCUGAAUUGUUCUUUUUGUUAGUCUUAAAGUCACCAUUUGCUUCACAAUCUUAUUGUUAGCUUCAAGUUUAAUUUUAUCACUUUCCCUGGUUUGAACGUUUUUAGCCACUUACGAAUUAAGAUUGAGCAAGGGUUUUUUUUUUUUUUUUUUUUUUUUUUUUUUCAGCACUUGGGCAUGAAUUGAUUUCUGCUUAAUUUAAGACCAAUACAUUUUUAAAAAGUAACAUUUGUUGUACAUUCAU